AUGUUGUUCGUAUUAUAUUCCGUGCUGCUUUGUGUGAUUUCUCUUCAUGGGAUACAAAUAGACUUUGAACGGUUCGACCAACUCUCCGGAUACAAUGUGUACAACAGUUCACUGCGCGUCCGUAAGUACAAUCGAACGAUGAUUACGCUUAACGGUACGCUGCAGGUGGUGGUACCACUGAACAAAAGCUUCAUGAUAUCGACGGACUUCUUUCAUAGCAGUCGCGGUAACCAACAGUUUAAUCACUAUCCAGUAAAGCUACCCACUCGCCAUGUUUGCGAAUUUAUGGACAACUUCUAUGCCGACUAUAGCGAGCACGUGAGGGACAUGAUCAACAUGCCGGAAAGGGGCGAGUGUCCGAUUCGACCACGCACCAUCUACGUAGUUAAUAAGCCGUUUCCAAAAGAAGCCGUUCCUCCAUUUUUCCCGCCAGGGCUGUGGAAGGUACAUCUCAUCAAUUCGGUACAAAACGUCGAGAUUGUAAGGUUUGAAAUUAUCGCCAAGGUUAACAACGAUUUGCUCUAG